AUGGACGCUGGUACUGGAGUCGCUGCCCAAUAUCUCCCCAACCCGGCUGGACGCAACGUCCAUGGCCACGGUCCAGCCCACGCGAGUGCGGACCACGGCUUGGGUCAGAUGAUGAGCCAGUUCACUGGUCUCAGCCUUGCAGGCAUGGGAAUGCACAACAACUCGGCGCCACUUCCCCUCGGUCCCGGACAUUUCGUGGUCGGUUCAGAGCCACAGUUUCUCCUGGCCCCUAUGGCAGCUGGCCAGCCGAUGGGAAUGAGCCACUCGCAGGACCACCCGUACAACAACUACGGCAUGCCCGCUGGCAGUUAUGGCCCUCCUUAUGUUGGCCUUCCGAUGCCUCUGAUGCCCUACACUCCCGGCCGAGCCAAUGCCACCCAGCCUCGAGUUGAGCGUAUCAACUCUGACGUCCCCGGACUCGAGAAUCGCCGUGGCUCUUACUCGACGACCGAGUCGACCCCAGCCACGCCCUUCUACGGCACCAUGUCUCAGCGAGAUGGCCCUCGCGUUGCGAGCCUCGAUCGCUCCGCCUACACGACUCCAUCUCCCCAGCAGAUGGGCUUGUCUUCUCUUCACGGAGAAGCCGCCAAGUCGGCCAUUCCAGCGGUCUCUGACAGUCACAUCGACGAUCUCUUGAAGAAGGACCCAGCUAUUCCCCGUGCUGUUCCGGCGGUCUUCACUCCUCCUGGCCAGAUGAAGAGCCUCGAGCAGAGCCUGGAGAACCGCAUCCCCGGCAACCGCAACGUCUAUAUCCGUGGCCUCCAUCCCACGACUGACGACCGCCUGUUGUACGAGUUUGCCGCUCGCUUCGGGGCCGUGGAGACUUCCAAGGCAAUCAUCGACACCAACACUGGAGCCUGCAAAGGAUUCGGCUUCGCCAAGUUUGUCAAUGUCCUUGACUCAGAGUCGUGCAUCAGGGGCUUCCACCGCCUUGGCUACGAGGUUGGAUUUGCUCGUGAGUCGUUCAACUCGCGCCUCAAGGCCGAAGGCGAUGAAUGUUCAACCAACCUCUACAUCUCGAACCUUCCCAAGAGCCUCACCGAGGUGGAGCUUGCUACCAUCUUUCUCGGAUACACGAUCUUGUCCAGUAAGAUCCUGCGUGACAGCAUGGGAAACAGCCGCGGUGUGGGCUUCGCCCGCUUUGAAUCGCGCGACGUUUGCGAUGAAGUUAUUCGCAAGUUCAACGGCGUCAGCAUUGGCGAGGAGGCGCUCCUCAUGAACAUUCGCUACGCCGACACCCCGGCUCAGAAGGAGCUGAAGCGUGUCACUGCCGAGCGUCGCCAGUUCCGCACGAAUGAAUACAACAUCGGUGCAUACGGCACCCCGCUGGUUGGCUUGAGCCCUACUCUGUACGGCCAGCAGUCCCAGUGGCGUCGCAGUGUCCCGAUUGCACGCAGUGCGAUCACCAUGUCGAACGACGACACCAACGCGUCGAGAAACUCGGGAGCCCGCCGUGGAAUUUCCGAGACGGUGUUGAGCUCGAGUUCGGACGCGAACGUUUCGACCCCCAUCUCUUCGGAGUGUGACGAGGGCGUUACGGUUCACGCGGAUCCAACCGUCGCUACAGCCGUCGCUGAGGAGAGUGUCCAAGCGUUGCCGCCUUCUACGAAGGACUCUCUCAAGGAGGAGAAAGAGGGCGAGGCGACGUAA